AGACCUAUAGCCUUACAUGUAUUUACUGUUUAGGAACGGAAUCAAACAAAGGAAGAACUCAUGGCAAGAUGGAGUUUUGGGAACUAAUUGUCCCAUUCCUCCAAAUUCAAAUUACACUUACAAGUUUCAAAUGAAAGAUCAGAUUGGAAGCUAUACAUACUUCCCUUCAACUCAAUUGCACAGAGCUGUUGGUGGUUUCGGCGCACUUAACAUAUAUGCAAGAUCAGUAAUCCCAGUUCCAUAUGCUAAACCUGCUGGAGAUUUCAGUUUACUUAUUGGUGAUUGGUACAAAAGCAGCCAUAAGGUAUUGCGGCAAAUAUUGGACUCAGGGAAGUCUCUUCCUUUUCCUAGCGGCCUCCUCAUAAAUGGACAGAAGCAGUCCAGCUUCACUGGAGAUCAAGGAAAAACAUACAUGUUCAGGAUCUCUAAUGUAGGUUUAAAAAAUACUUUUAACUUCAGAAUUCACGGCCACAAGAUGAGAGUCGUCGAGGUUGAAGGAUCUCACGUGAUUCAGAGCCUCUAUGAUUCUCUUGAUGUCCAUGUGGGUCAAUCUAUGUCUGUCCUUGUUACAUUGGAUCAACCUCCAAAGGACUACUACAUUGUUGCUUCCACAAGGUUCACAAGGACUGUUCUUACUGCUACUGCAGUUCUCCACUACUCUAACUCUCAGACGUCCGUUUCUGGACCCAUGCCAUCUGCUCCAGCUGGCCAAAUGCAUUGGUCUAUGUUGCAAGCCAGAACAUUCAGGUGGAAUCUGACAGCAAAUGCAGCUAGACCAAAUCCUCAGGGUACAUUCCACUAUGGAAAAAUUACAAUAUCAAGGAGUUUUGUGCUGGCUAACUCUGCACCUCUUAUCAAUGGGAAGCUGAGAUAUGCAGUGAAUAGGGUCUCUUAUGUUAAUCCUGAUACUCCACUAAAACUUGCUGAUCACUUCAACAUCCCCGGUGUGUUCAGCUUGAACUCCAUUCAAACUUUUCCCUCAGAUGGUUCUCCUUACCUAGCCACAGCUGUGUUUCCAGCUUCUCACCAUGACUUCAUUGAAAUCGUUUUCCAAAACAAUGAAGCUACUAUGCAAUCUUGGCAUCUUGAUGGCUAUGAUUUCUGGGUUGUCGGUUUUGGAUCUGGCACAUGGACACAAGCAAGUAGAAAUAAGUACAAUCUUGUUGAUGCUCCUACUAGGCAUACUACACAGGUCUAUCCAAAAUCUUGGACUGCUAUAUUGGUAUCAUUGGACAACCAAGGAAUGUGGAAUUUGAGGUCAGCUAUGUGGGAUAGGCAAUAUCUUGGACAACAGGUGUACCUCAGGGUCUACAACCCAACCCAAAGUCUAGCUAAUGAAUAUUACAUACCUACUAAUGCUCUUCUCUGUGGCAAAGCUGCUGGUCGACAUCCUUAAUUUGAUGGGUCCUCUAGGCUAAUGUUUUAUUACCGGUCAUGAGAGGUUGACUAGGAGAGAUUGCGGCAAAGUAUAAUUACUUGGCUGCUUAUGUUGUAAUCAGAUACCUUUUGUAUUUUGUGGUUUUUGAAAUGAAGCUAAUACGAAGUUCAUUGUUAGAUAA